AACGAUGGACGAGUGAGGGCGCAAGUUCAGUUUGUUGUGUACGUCGAAAAUUAAGAUGGCGGCGUACGUGGGAAGGAAACUUCGUGUGUCCACGAUUGGAGGCGAUGAAUUCGAAGGCAUUUUGCACUCCUUUGAUGCCAAUAGCAAGAAAAUAUCUCUUAUGAAAGUGAGCAUCGUGCCUUCUGGGAAAAAGCUGACUGGAUUACUUCACUUCUAUGGACAAGAAAUAAGAGACUUGGUUGAGGUGGUUGACGAGCCCGGGAGCAAGACAAAGGAGAAGAAUAGACCACAGAGUGAGCCCAAAAAGGAAGAAGAUGAUCUGUCCGACACGGAAGACGACAGCGAUUUGAACCUUCAGACAUCACAUGGUUAUAUCUACCUUAAGCGCCCGGGGGCCAAGUUCAGGCAAGCUGUGGAUCUGAUCAAAACGCAGCAGUUGAUUGGUGUUGCUAUGGAAGCAGAGAAGCUGGGCCGUAGAGCCAAGGUGUCCCUCUUACAGAUUUGUUGCGUCAAUCAAGUCUUCAUCUUUGACGUCUUGUCUCUUGGGCCAUCCGUCUUCACCCAGGGCCUGGCCGAAGUCUUGGAGUCUCCCGCUGUUGUCAAGGUGAUGCAUGACAGUAGGUGGACCUCUGAUCAGCUGUAUCAUCAGUAUUCAGUCAAACUCACCAACGUCUAUGACACACAGGCUGCUGAUGUGCUGAUACGGAUGCGACAACUGAACGGCGAGCUGCCCCACAAGCUGUGCAGUCUCCCAGAGUGCCUGCUGGAAUAUCUGCACAUGUCCAUGGGAGAGGUCUACCCGCAGUGGAUGAACGAGCAAGCCAGGGAGAACGAAGCGGAUUCCUGCUGGGUGAAGCGCCCUCUACCACCCAAGCUGCUCUUGUUAGCGGCCGGUAAGGCCAGCCACCUGCCGGAGCUACGUGUCGUGACGCUCCAUCACCUCCUGGCAGAGUUCACGGCAUCCGUUGAGGUGUUCCUGGGCUGCAUCCGAGACCUGCCGGAUAUGAACCGCAGCAAGGCCAACGUCAGUUCUUCAGUGGUUCCCAGACAGUUGGAGAGGUUAGUGUACGGUCACCUACCAAGUACCAAUCCCCCGGUGUCCAAUCACAGUACAACACCCAUUGGAUAUGAUCCAUUGCAGAAAGAAACACUGACUCAUCCACAAGAGAAGAAGCAGAAUCCAGUGCAUCACCUAUCAUCCUCAGAUACCUCAGCUUCAAAGACGCCACCCACCGAGCCUACCCGCAUCACCACAACCCCUUCCCAGCCCAUGACCUCUAACGCGGAGAACUUCUGCGUGCCCAAAACAACCACAAGCAAAGUGGCAUCCCCUCCGGAGAGGCUCACAAACGGCUUUGCGCCGUCCACAGGUGACGGCGUGCAAAGUAAGCGCAGUCACCCACGAAAAGCUGCUGGCAAAAGGCAAUGUGCUCCUGUGUUCUCGCCGACGAGCUGUGACACAGAAACGGUGACGAAAGUGGAUGUAGACAAAGGAAAGAACGUUGUCUCAACGGAGAAAGAGGGAAACGGAGACGGAUUCUGGGACUUGCAGAGUGACGACCCUAACCCGGCGACCAAUCAGACGUCAGAAGUGCCAUCUUCAGUCACGGCAGCGGCGAAAUUGCCUGAGCAGGAUGCAGCAUCGCCCUUGCUGAGUAGAUCUGAGAUAGAGCAAGAGAGUCACAGUGGAAGAGUUUGCAGCGGUGAGGAUGAUAACGACAGUGAUGGUGAUGAUUCUGGAGACGAUGAUUCUGAUGAUGACAGUGAUUCUGAUGAUGAUGACAAUGAUGACAAGAAUAGUGGUCAUGACAAAUGGACAGAGCUUAAUAAGGAGAAUGCGAACACUUCCAGAGAACCCCUUCCCAGCCCAAGUAGUCACACCGAAACCAUCCAACGUCUCUUAAGCCUCUCCCCUACUCGGAAACACACACUUCCCACUCUGGAAUCAACCAGUCGUAAGGUUACCACUCGGAACAAAGGCAGCACCUUGGCCGGCAGCUCCAUGGGGAAACCAUCAAGUUCUGACCCACGGAGUACAGUGGACUCUGGCACGGGUCGCCUGUACAGCUCCGUUUUGAAGGAUGCUGGGCUGCUGAAAACUGAUAACAGACGUAGUGACGUCCUGAACGUGCAGUCCCCAACACAGUUCCCUGAACUGGAUCAGGAGAGCCAGGAGAAACCCAAGAAGCAUCUUUGCAGGCACGGUUGGGACCAGCCAUCCUCCGGUUGGGAACCGGGGGAUUCCGGUAAAGCACCAGUGACCAAAACUGGGGAACUCACUCAGGACGAGGUUCCUGGAAGCACCAAGAUAACACAGAGGAACCCAGGUGCUGUUCCAAAGGCGAGGUCAAUGUAUGCCACUUACCCGGAGGAAAACGCAGACCGGUCCCAAUCUGUGGGAGUGGACAAUAUGGGAAGCGCCAUGCAGCUGUCAGAAGAAAGACCAAUCAGACCAAGCAUUGGACGCGGGAGAGCUAGAGUAUUGGCGCAAAGCGAGGACAUGUUACGGAGCAUACGCAGACCAGUGGAGCUUCAAAACAGAAGUUUCCGGGUCCAGCAGUACGACUUUCCUUCUAGAGAGGAGAUGGCCAUGGUCCCCAAGAACUUGCCAGCCCGGGCCAGCGAUUACUACAAGGGCGCUGAAGCACCGGAUGGCAGCUACCCUUGAGAUGUACCCGUACCUCAAAGAUGUAGUGGUUCCAUCGUAGCUCAACCCAUCCUCAGUCAAACCUUGGCAACAAGAUUCUAAGCAGCUGAGUUGUAGUCUGGGUCCUCACAGGUCAAUCAUAAAUCAAUCAUAAGUCGAUCACAAGUCAUUCACAAGUCAAUCACAAGUUAAUCACCAGUCAAUCACAAGUCAUUCACAAGUCUAUCACAAGUCGAUCACCAGACAAUCACAAGUCAAUCACAAGUCAAUCACCAGUCAAUCACAAGUCUAUCACAAGUCGAUCACAAGUCAAUCACCAGACAAUCACAAGACCUUCAGUCUCAAGUCAGUUACAAGCUAUUCAACCCCGUGUUCGAUUACUUCCCCUGCGCUUACCUGUGCAAGCGCGACUGCGUUCAAUUUUACUCGAACCACCUGGCAAGUGUGACGUCAUUUAUUACGAAAUCAAGACUAAGAUUGUGAUUGGUCAAUUUUGAUGCCACAUUUUUGUAACCUGUACAAAAAUGCUUCUCAUCGUGAGCAUGAUGUUUACGCACGCAGGGAGCUUAAAUUACGUGCAUAUAGUAGGCGCCUGCUGAUUGGUCAGUUUCUCGAGGUCAUACGUAGUCUAGUUGCAUAAUUAAUCGCCAAAUCUGUUUACGUAAAAUAGACAUGGUCGGCUUUGCCAGGGCCAGGGUCUGUUACAUAGACGAGAUUUACCCUGGCAAAAAAUUAAGAAAGAAACCGGUAAACUUCCAUAUCAGUAAUGAUGUAUGGUUGUCAAUUACAAAAGCCAGAUUAAAAUCCCACUUUAGAAUGUGAUCAUUUUAUUGUUUUGAAGUGUCUGGAAUCAAAUCCAAGAGUGCUGAAAUCACAGGGAUCUGAUUUUAGUUUCAAAUUGAUUUUGUUCAAUUCAGGCAUCGAGUUGGCCAUCGAUUUCAGUUCAUUAGUGUAUAUUUUGUGUCAAUCUUGCCGUCUUCUGUAGAAAUAAUUUUUUAUUUAUGGUAUUGUGUAUAUAAAUGUGAUUUUCUUUUCUGUUUGCCUUAUUUUUUUGUCCUUUCCACAUUUAAUGUGAUUUUAUAGUAAAAGUAAAACAUUCUUCAAUUUUAAUUAUAUUUGUAUAAAAGUGAAAUCUAUUGUGCUUAAUUUCUGACAUCGGCAGAUUUCCUCUUUAGGAUUUUCAAAUUUUCAAAAUUGAUAUUAUUUUUCAACAUUAAUUUUGUAAAUCAGGAGUAUCAUCGUUUCAGAAGCUUUUGGACUUUAGGAAUAUCGCCAUUUUUAAAUAAAUGUCUUCACUUCGCCCAAGGGCACAACAGCAGCUUUGCAUUUGUCACGAAUUACAUGUUUUUGAAAAAGAUACUUUUACAUGGACCUGAUAUUUCCCAUUUAUGAGACAUGUCCAGAGAUUUUAAAUUUAAAUUUUUACAAUUUUUUGUUGUUGUAGUAUGUAAAAUUCUUUGCGCCCAAAGUUUUGGUGUUUAUAUUUUGGAUUUUGUAAUAAAUUUUGAAAACUUACAACAAAAUUUAAUAAA